UGCCGGCGCACAUGUCUGUAUUAAUUUUUUUUCCGCGCCAUUUUCAAUCGCUCGCUGUUACAGUGUUACGUUACAUUCACACAUCCUCUGUUCUCUGCUACCUCUGCAAACACUCUUCCUAGCCCCUGUUCUAUAAUCUUUCAUUGUUUUCUUUCCAUGAUGAGCGAUUCCAAUGAUUCUGUCUUCCCUUAUUCCCCGAAACCCAGAACCCGUCAAGUAGGUUCCCGGUUCAUGUCUCCAAAAUCGACCGGUUCGCCUGAACCCCGUUCAGCUUCUCCGCUUCCCCGGUUCCACCGGUCGGCAAAGCGAAACUCCGCCACUCUAGCGGAUCACAUUAGCAUCGAGAGGCUCAAAGAAAGGGAAGAAAAUCAUCAGAAUCAGAAUCAGACACCCACAAACAGAACAGCCUCUGUUUUCUCCGCUCUCACGAAACAGAGGAGCUACAGAGAGUUCAGAAACAACACCAAUGGCUCAGAAGAAAACGAUCAAGAUCAAGACGUUAUUGGUAGGUCCACAAGGAAUGGUUUCUCUACAAAAUUUUCCGCUUCGCCGGUGUUAAAGAAACCGGGUUCUCAUAUUGCUCCCGGAAGACUCUCUCUGGAUGAAAAUGCCCUUAAGAGAAACUUUCAUUGUUCUAAGAACUCAAUUGAUUCUGAAUCAGAUAAUACGAUUUUGGAUUCUGUUUCUCUGCAAAGAACAUUCUGUUCGAGGAAAUUGGGUAGGGAGGUUUCAUCUAAGUACAAGGCAACAAGUGGCAGAAAAGGAGAAGCUUCUGAUUCAGACCCUUUGUCUUCUGAUGAUUCAUGGAUGAUGAAGAAGUUUAUGACACAAAAAACGGUGAAGAGGGCUAAUUCGCUUAUUGGGUACAUGAGUUCAAAGUCUCAGUGGGCAUUGUCUCCUGGGAGAUCAGGAUCACCUUCUUUGUCUUUGGAAAGUAAGGAUAAGCCAUUGUCGUUUUCGAGCUUGAGGCCUCAACACAAGAGAGUGGAGAAGAUUCUGAGCAUGGGUUUUGAUCUCUUUAGGACUAAGAAACCUUCAACAAGCGAGGUGGUUCAGCAGUUGCGUCUGCUUCAUAACCGGUUGAUUCAAUGGCAAUUCACAAAUGCUAGAGCAAAUGCUGUGAAUCACACCAUGUCUCUUCAGGCUGAGAGCAAUUUGACAUAUGCUUUGGAUGGUCUAGCCAAGUUGCGGCAUUCAGUGAUGCAAAAGAAGAUAGAGCUUGAGAAAGAAAAGCUUGAGAUGAAGCUAAGUUUUGUACUGCAUUCUCAAAUGAAGCUGCUGGAAACGUGGGGAAGUAUGGAAAGGCAACAUAUAACUGCAAUUACCAUAAUGAAAGAGUGUUUGCAGUCUGUUGUAAGCAAAGUUCCUCUCUUCGAAGGUGCAAAAGUGGAUAUGCAAUUAGUGUCCAUUGCUCAGAGGCAUGCAUCUGAUCUAGCUGGUUCCAUCAAGUCAGUGUUAUGUACCUUUUCACCCUUGGUAUGUUUGUUAACACUGCAAUAUUCUUGUUAUUGUUUGGUGAGGACUUAA